UUGGACGAUCAGUUGGACGAUCAGUUGGUCGACCAGUUGGACGAUCAGUUGGUCGAUCAGUUGGUCGAUCAGUUGGACGAUCAGUUGGACGAUCAGUUGGUCGAUCAGUUGGUCGAUCAGUUGGUCGAUCAGUUGGACGAUCAGUUGGACGAUCAGUUGGACGAUCAGUUGGUCGAUCAGUUGGUCGAUCAGUUGGUCGAUCAGUUGGUCGAUCAGUUGGACGAUCAGUUGGUCGAUCAGUUGGUCGAUCAGUUGGUCGAUCAGUUGGUCGAUCAGUUGGUCGAUCAGUUGGACGAUCAGUUGGUCGAUCAGUUGGUCGAUCAGUUGGUCGAUCAGUUGGACGAUCAGUUGGACGAUCAGUUGGUCGAUCAGUUGGUCGAUCAGUUGGACGAUCAGUUGGACGAUCAGUUGGUCGAUCAGUUGGUCGAUCAGUUGGUCGAUCAGUUGGACGAUCAGUUGGUCGAUCAGUUGGACGAUCAGUUGGUCGACCAGUUGGACGAUCAGUUGGUUGAUCAGUUGGUCGAUCAGUUGGACGAUCAGUUGCCCAACCAGUUGCUCGACUAG